AUGAACUGCACACCAAGCACAGCGUGCUACUACAUCGGAACGACACGAGCAGGAAACGUCACCCGGACAUGCUGCAACGCUUUUGCAAGCGUCUCCGAAUACCGCCUCUCGAUUGAUUCACCCGCCGAGGAAACUAUCGAGACACUGACCUGUCGAGCAUCUGGCCGAGGGAUUGAAAAGGCCACGAUUCCGUUGCUUUGUGGGUCCCUCGAGCGGCCUGGUGUGUUGAGAUUGAGUGUUGUUAGUAAUGCUAUGGUUGUGGUGAGAGGAGCAUGGGAAGGAGGUAACAAUGGUAUGACGAGUACGAGUCCUUCUCCUUUGAUGAAGAUGACGAGGGCUGCGCAGGACUUGAUGGUUGGAAGUGGCAGCAGGAGAGCUGAGGACGAGGCACAGGUGACUGUCCGUGGUGUCGCUGGGACAAGUGUUAAAGACACCCAACUCAAGUCCGAGCAGGUCUUCUUCUACAGGAGGUUCGAUAUCCCCCUCCCAGUAGACGGUGACAACCAAGAACAACAGCAACAACGGCGCACAGGCACCCAAUCGCUCCCUUACACAUUGCACAACAAUAACAACUAUAACCACUACCAAAACGAUAGCAGCACUCGUCACUACUCUCCUUACCUUUCACCCCGCUCUCCUACUUUUUCAUCAUCCUCACCCGCCAAAUCAACAACAUAUGACAGCGACAAUAGCCAUAACAAUGGCGACGCUCUUGCUCGGUUUAUUCACCAAUUGGAUCCUAUCGUGAUUGACCCGACAUGGCCAUCUUCGAGCGUUCAUCCGCAAGGGUGGGUCCGGUACACGGUCGAACUGAUGACCAACCGGACUAUGCAGGUCAAAUCUGUGACUGAGAUCUGGGUCCACAAUAGUCUCACGUCGUCAUCCUCACCGCUGUCACCGCCGUCACCAUCGUACCUUCCAGUCAAGGAUUCAGAUAUCAUGGAUGAAUCUCAAUCAGCUGACGUUGUCGAAUCUACUGGGAAUCUACCAGGAUUGCUUCUUCUGGAUCAGGGGCAUCCGUGGAAUGUUCAAUUGCAUGGAACAACAACCACCCAGUUCGAGCUCGGGCAAACUAUUCCGCUUCGACUUCUCCCCACCAUUCAACAAACAACAGAGGAACAGGUUCGACUGGCGCUUUUUCAGAGGCGAUCUCUUCGCGCCAAAGGAGUCCAAGGAACAGUUGACACAAUUGUUCAAGUGCUGGUUGAUAUUCCUUUAUUCACGCGCUCUGCGUCACUAGAAGGAGUUGAUGGGGGUAGGAAGGCAGAAGGUGGUGGCGAUGAGAAGGAGGAAGAUGGCAAGAUUGCUUGGUUACAGCUUCCAUCGGCGCCAGUGCUGGCACCGAGUACAAGAACUACGUACCUGGAUAUCGAUCAUUCCCUCGUCUUGACUCGAGUGGCCCCAGAAUCAAAAACCAAAUCCAUCGUCGCCGAAGUUCCUGUCAUUAUUGUUGUACCCCAGCGACCAUCUGGCCAAAGUCGCAAUGCAACCGUGCUGUAG